GCCAAAUUGCGUGGUGUUUACCCUUCUCCUAGGGGGUUGCUAUGGAAACGGAUUCGCAAGCCUCCAGAGUCCCUGGAGCCCGUCUACCGGCGCCUCUGGUAUCCUGCCCCACGAGUACCACUCCAUUCAAAGCCAGUACCCAAUCUGUCAUCUCUUGCAAAAAACCAUGGAAGCCUCUGCCUUCCCCAAACUCGAGGAAUCCCAUGAAGAAAAUAAACAGAAAAAAAAAGAGAAGGGAUCCAGGGAAGGCGGAGAGCCUGAAGAACUUGCUCCAUCUCGAUCCCCGGACUCCGAACGCGAGGUAACUGACUCCCUUAAGGAAGAAAAAGGGCCGGCAUCCGAGCCCCCGCCCAGGGAUGAUAUCCGGCCUCAGAGCCCUGGGUCGGGAGAGAGAGACUCCGGAGCUACCCCAGCUGAACCAAACGCUGCACUUAGCCCUCCCCCUUCAAAACCAGGUACCGAAGGUCCUUCUCAGGUAAGGCUGGAUCCACAGGGCCGUGCUCCACCUACCACGCCCGAAGAGAACUUUGAUGAAAUUUCCGAGGCUGGGGAACUUCAACCUAGACAUUUAGAACAAGUUUCUUAUGAAAGAGAAACAACAGCUCAUUUAACUGGAUCAGAGGAAUCCUCCUAUCUUUCCCAACAACCCCAGUAUCUGCUGCAGGACCUGAAUCAGGACAUCAAUCCACCAGAAAAACUAGCUUCAGACAUUUUUCAUCAUGAUGAAUCCAACAGUAAAUUUGAUAUCAAUAAGCCAGAACUUGGACUGAAUCAAAAAGGUGCAUCUGCACCUAAUACACUAGAGAUUGCUGUCCAGAAUGCUAAGGCAUAUCUACUGAAGAAAAGUAACAACUCAGGCCUAAAUCUAUAUGAUCAUCUUUCUAAAGUACUGACUAAAGUUUUAGAUCAACGUCCUGAAAAUGUUGUUGAUAUCAUUGAAAAUAUUAGUCAAGAUGUGAAGAAGUCUCAUUUUAGUAAGAAAUUGGAUACACUCCAAGAUGAACACGAAGUACCUUUGGCAUAUGAAUUAGCAGAGAAGCAAAAGUCACUUUUUCUCCAUGGCAAUUUAGAAGGUGAUCAAGAACAGGAAGAUGAAAUAGCAGAAACCCCUCUUCCAAAUAUAAUGGAAUCAGCUUUCUACUUUGAACAAGCCGGAGUUGGUUUCAGUACAGAUGAAACCUAUCGCAUUUUUCUUGCCCUCAAACAUCUCAGUGACACACAACCAUUACAUACAUGCCGCUUCUGGGGGAAAAUCUUGGGUAUAGACAGGAAUUACAUUGUGGCUGAAGUGGAAUUCCGUGAAGGAGAAGAUGAAGAGGAGAUAGAAGAGGAAGAUAACAUCGAAGAAAGUGAGGCUGAUGAAGAGGAAACAGAAUUGCCUAAGUCUUCUUACAAGGGCCCACAAGUGAUACCAAAAGAAGAAAACAGAACAGGUGCCAACAAAUAUACCUACUUUGUGUGCAAUGAGCCAGGAAGGCCUUGGGUCAGGUUACCAUCAGUGACACCUGCACAAAUUGUUAUUGCAAGGAAAAUCAAGAAAUUUUUCACAGGGAGAUUAGAUGCUCCUAUUAUAAGUUAUCCCCCUUUUCCAGGGAAUGAGAGUAAUUACUUGCGGGCACAAAUUGCUCGAAUUUCAGCAGGAACUCACAUUAGCCCUCUAGGUUUCUAUCAUUUUGGAGAAGGUGAGGAGGAGGAGGAAGUAGAAGGUGGACGGGAUAAUUAUGAGAAGAAUCCUGAUUUUGAAGGCAUCCAAGUCAUUGAGCUAGUAGAAUCUCUGUCCAAUUGGGUCCAUCAUGUGCAACAUAUUCUACCUCAGGGCCGGUGUAAUUGGUUUAACCCUAUACAAAAAAAUGAGGUAGGGGAAGAAGAAGAGGAGGAAGAUGAAGAUGAAGAAGUAGAAGAAAAAAGAGAGGAACCAGAUAACAGUGAACAAGAACUGGGGCCACCUCUUUUGACUCCAAUAUCUGAAGAUUUAGAAAUUCAAAACACACCUCCUUGGACAGCCCAGUUAUCUUCAAGUUUGAUUCCUCAAUAUGCUAUUGCAUUCCUUCGAUCUAACCUUUGGCUUGGAGCUUAUGCCUUUUCUGAUGGCAAAAAAUUUGAGAAUCUUUACAUAGGUUGGGGUCAUAAAUACAAUUCAGAAAAUUAUACUCCUCCACUUCCACCACUUGUUCAACCAGAGUACCCCAGUGGGAUAGAAAUCAAGGAGAUGGAUGACCCCACUGUGGCUGAGGAGGAGGCUUUCCGGAUUGCACAAGAGAAAUCUUUAUUAGAAUCUGGGAAAACUGAAGGUGAUGGUGAUGAUGAUGAUGAUGAUGAUGAUGACGAUGACGACGACGACGACGACGACGACAACUAAUAAGAAUGGGAAAUCAAACGGGUGCUUUGGGGAUACAUGUGAUUGAUAAUAACAACUAAUCAUGUUCAGAAAUGUAAUUCCUCAAAGAUACAAAAUUUGAGAUUUCAUAUAUGAAACUCUUAAAUAGUUUCAGACAGGUAUCUAACAUAGGAGGGUUAAUGUAAUAGCACUGACACGCUAUAUCACUAUAAAUAAUGCUAAAACUGGGGCAGCUAGAUGGCACAUGGAUAGAGUGCUGGCCCUAAAAUCAGAAGGAUCUGAGUUCAAAUCCUGCCUCAGACACUUAACACUUCUUAGCUGUGUGACCUUGGACAAGUCACUUAACCCCAAUUGCCUCAGGGGGGAAAAAACAAAACUAAAUACUAAAACUUAGUAAGGGUAGUAUUAAAUAGAAAACUAGGAAAAUCUUAGCUCAAAGUUACUUAGCCCCUCUGUGCUUCCCCCACCCUCUGGUCCUCACUAAUUCUAAUUUUUUUUUUUAUUCUAAGUUCAAUCAUGCUUUAGAAAGUAGUCAAUUUAGUAGUAUUGUCUUAUUCCAUAUUUUAUUUUGAGAAAAAUGAUUUUAAAAUUCUAAGUUUUGAUAUUUUUAUCUCAAACAUACAUAAUACUAUUACUAACCAUGUGAAACAGACAUGACCUUCAACGUCCCUUUACUAUGGGAGGAACAAAGAAUGAAAAAAUAUUUAUGGAAAAUUUUUUAUAUUCUUUGGGGAAAAUCAAUAUAAAAAUCAUAGGUUCCCAACCUAGAGUCCACACACCUAUAUAUUUCAGGAGCUUUCAAACUUGGAUAAGGAAAAAAUAAUGUCAUUAUUUUUAAAAGGAAAAAUUAAUUUCAUCAUUUUUUAUUAACCUUUAACUAAAAUGCAGCAUUUCUUUCAAUUAUUAAAAAAAAGCAUUAUUCUGAAAAGGCAUCCCUAGGUACCUGACUGCCAAAAGGGUUUAUGAUACAAGAACAGUUAAGUCCUGAUAUAAUCUGGAUCAUAAAGUGUUGCUAUAUAAUUAAAAAUCAAAACAAAAUCUCAUUCCAUGAAAAAGCAAAAUAGGUCAGGAAAAGCUAAGUUCAGAUUCUGUCAAUGACACAUACUGGUUGGGCGACUAUGGGCAGGUCACCUAAAAAUUUCAGUAUUCUACACAACUCAAGAUUGUAAGUUGCAUAAUUGUUGACCUACUUUGGGAGAGGGGUUUCCUCAUCUAGAAUCUUCUAUUCCAAUGUAAACUAUAUGCCAUCUCUACAUUCUUAUUGAACCUCUUUGCCCUCGUGCUCAUGAUCAACUUAAAAGAGGGGUAUAAAUCCCUAGGAGCAUAAUGCAGGCUUCAGAUCUCCCAGUGUUACUGGGACUGAUCUACUUUCCUUCUACCCUACUAGUCUAAUAAUGAUGCAUAUGUUUCUUAGUAAAGUGUUGUUGUGGUUGUUUAGUUGUGUCCAACUCUGUGUGACCCCCAUUUGGGGUUUUCUUGGCAGACAUUGGAGUGGUUUGCCAUUUCCUCCAGCUUUGUAAAGUAAUCAUACCUAUAUGACUAUUGACAGUCAUAUAGAUAUACUAGUCUGUUUUUCAAACUCUGGAAAAGAUUCCAGACAUCUGAAGACAAACAUACAGAUUGACACCAAAGAAGCCUCUCUGAUUUACAGAAUUGUUGUGACAAGUUCUGCUUUUGAGAACUUUGGUGACAAGCAGAUAAUUUGGCCUCAUCCAAAAAUUUGACAUGUUUCAGUUGUAUCUAUUAGAAGAAUAAGGCUAUUCUGACAAAAUUAAAUUUAAAAAAUGCUCAAUUACAUUCUUCACAAGUUUUUGAAAAUAUAAAGCAUUUACUGAUCAGUGGUGCAGUAAACACAUUUUUCAAUCAAUCAGUUAGCAUUUAUUAAGCACUUACAAUGUGUCAGGCACUGUGCUAAAUGCUGAGAUACAAAGACAAAUAUAGUCCCUGUCCUCAAGGAGUUUAUAGACUUAAUGGAGAAAAUUACAUGUUAAUAAAUGGGUACAGACAGAGUAUAUGGAAAGUACCUUUGAAAAGGAAAGCAAUUAACUUUUUUUUUAUAAAUUUACUAGCACUGAGAUAGUCUUUCAUUCACAGUCCUUUGCAUUUUAUAAAACAUUUCUUCAAAUAUUAAAUUGCAUUUGUCAUAGCAAGAAAGAACGGAUAUUAAUCCUUUUUACAUAUGAGAAAAUAAACUUAAUGAAAUUGUGGCUUGCCACACAUCUUAUAUCUUGAAUAAAUAGUAAUAAGAAAGAAAUUGUUGAGAUGUGGUUCAAACCUAGGUCUUGAUUCUGAGUUCACUGCCCUUUUUCUACUCUGAGCUUUGGUUUAUGAUUCUUUAACCUAUUGUAAAUGUUCUGCCAAACAUAAGAAUUCUAUUACCUAGCAAUCAUUUUGAUUAUAAAAUAUGUUCAGGUAAAGUGGAACCAUAAGCAUAAACCAGGUAAGAUAUUCUGACACUAUUGUGAUUAGUCAAUUUAGUCAAUUGAGGUUAUGUGACUUGCUCAGGGCCACAACUAGUGGGUGUUAAGUAUCUAAGACUGGACUUGGACUCAGGUCCUCCUGAUUUCUGGGCUAGUGCUCUACCACUGCGCCAUCUAGCUACCCCAUAAAGAAGUCAAUUUUGGACAAAUUUUUGCAACUGUAAAUGAAGAACCAUGAAAAUUUCAUGAAUCAUAAACCAAAUCCAAUUUUUAAAAAAAUGAACUAAAUUAUGUUUUGAAAAAUGCCUGAAUGAAACAGCUCCACUGGAAACUCUUAGUGUUCUAAAAUUUUUGAAAAGGAUAUAAAAAAAAUUAUUCAAACUAAAUCCAGAAUUAAUUGCUUGAAUUCCUGGUGUGAAAAAUAGUAUAUAUGUCAACCUUCCAAUUAAUCCUCAUUCCUUGAAAAAUAAUAAAAUAUAGAAUCAAUAAAAUUGAAUUAGUAUGAAAAAUCAAGAAUAUUUUUAUAAACUUUUAUUGUUGAUGUUGAAGAUGCAAACCAUGUUAAUUAGCAGAAUUCUUAGGAAAUACAUUUUCAAUGAUAGCAAUUUACAUCUUACCUCAAAAUAAAAUUAUUCUGUAUUCUCUAAGCACUUUUGUACCAAUCCCAUUUUCUGAGUUAUGUAUUUUCAUUAUAUUCCUUGUGUUUAAUUAUUUUUGUGCAUAUUUUUGAUGUUCCCAAUUAGAUGUUACUUAAAGAUAGAAAAAUAGAAAGUUUUCAUGUCUUUUGUGUAUCUCCACUGCCACCUACUAUAAUGUUCUAAAUUAAAUAUCUCAAAUCUCUCCAUCAAUUACAAA